GAAGUGCGGGGGCUCCGGCGCCGGCCGCGCGAUGCAUUCUGGGCCGGCAGCAGCACCAGAGCCAAGAUGGCGGCCAGCAGGAGGCUGAUGAAGGAGCUUGAAGAAAUCCGCAAAUGUGGGAUGAAAAACUUCCGUAACAUCCAGGUUGAUGAAGCUAAUUUAUUGACUUGGCAAGGGCUUAUUGUUCCUGACAACCCUCCCUAUGACAAGGGGGCCUUCAGAAUCGAAAUCAACUUUCCCGCAGAGUACCCAUUCAAACCACCGAAGAUCACAUUUAAAACGAAGAUCUAUCACCCGAACAUUGACGAAAAGGGGCAGGUCUGUCUGCCGGUAAUUAGUGCUGAAAACUGGAAGCCAGCAACCAAAACCGACCAAGUCAUCCAGUCCCUCAUAGCACUGGUGAACGACCCCCAGCCCGAGCACCCGCUUCGGGCUGACCUAGCUGAAGAAUACUCUAAGGACCGUAAAAAAUUCUGUAAGAACGCUGAAGAGUUUACAAAGAAAUAUGGGGAAAAGCGACCUGUGGACUAAAAUCUGCCGCGAUCGAUUCCAGCGAGUGUGAGCAGAGACCCCAGCAGUGUAUUCAGACACCCUGCAAAGCAGGACUCUGUGGAAGAUUGACCGUGCCACUGCCUGGCGUCUGCGUGGGGCAGUUACUAACUUUCUACAGUUUUCUUAAUCAAAAGUGGUCUAGGUAACCUGUAAAGAAAGGAUUAAAAAUUUAAGAUGUUCUAGUUCUGCUUUCUUUGUUUUAAAAAUCACUGCUUCGAUCUACUUUAAAAGAAUGGUGUUUCCUUUCCUGUCCAAAUUUAUCCAGAAUCUUCAAUUUACAUUUUAGCCCAUAGGUUAAAAUAAAAGGUUGUGGUUCCCCUCUCCCCCUGCCCUUGCAACUCCCACUUUCUUGGAUUUAGUUUGUUUUUCAUCACUCACGUCCCCAGACCCAGGCCCCGCCUCCCACCGGGAGGGGCAGUGCUGGCCUCUGAGGCGCGUGGCCUGGGGUGGGCGUCCAUUAAGAUUCUCUCGACUCUGAUUUGUGACAUCCUUUUAAAAAAUUUUAAAAACCACCAACCACCUCCACUCCCACCCCAACCC